GAGGACCCCCCACCCCACACACCCCACCACCGCCACCACCACCGCCGCCGCCUCUCGCCUCCCCUGCCGGACCGCGGGGCCGCCCCGCCGAGACCAUGAGGAAAUUCAACAUCAGGAAGGUGCUGGACGGCCUGACCGCCGGCUCGUCCUCGGCCUCGCAGCAGCAGCAGCAGCAGCAGCACCCGCCGGGGACCCGGGAGCCCGAGAUCCAGGAAACGCUCCAGUCCGAGCACUUUCAGCUCUGCAAGACUGUUCGCCAUGGAUUUCCCUAUCAGCCCUCAGCCUUGGCCUUUGAUCCUGUACAGAAGAUCCUGGCAGUCGGAACACAGACUGGUGCUUUAAGGCUUUUUGGUCGCCCAGGCGUGGAAUGCUACUGCCAGCAUGAGAGCGGGUCUGCUGUCAUCCAGCUUCAGUUCCUGAUUAAUGAGGGAGCUCUUGUGAGUGCCUUGGCUGAUGAUACCUUACAUUUAUGGAAUUUACGUCAAAAGAGACCUGCCAUACUACAUUCACUUAAAUUUUGCAGAGAAAGGGUUACAUUUUGCCAUCUGCCUUUCCAGAGUAAGUGGCUCUAUGUGGGCACUGAACGAGGCAAUAUACAUAUUGUCAAUGUGGAGUCCUUCACACUCUCAGGCUACGUCAUUAUGUGGAAUAAAGCCAUUGAACUGUCAUCUAAAUCUCACCCAGGUCCUGUUGUCCAUAUAAGUGAUAAUCCGAUGGAUGAAGGAAAGCUUUUGAUUGGCUUUGAAUCUGGAACAGUAGUGUUAUGGGACCUCAAAUCAAAGAAAGCAGACUACAGAUACACAUAUGAUGAGGCUAUCCACUCGGUCGCUUGGCAUCACGAAGGGAAGCAGUUCAUCUGUAGCCAUUCCGAUGGCACCUUGACCAUAUGGAACGUGAGGUCCCCUACCAAGCCCAUGCAGACAAUCACUCCGCACGGAAAACAGCUAAAGGAUGGGAAGAAGCCAGAACCAUGCAAGCCUAUCCUCAAGGUGGAAUUCAAAACGACGAGAUCUGGGGAACCUUUCAUUAUUUUAUCAGGAGGUUUAUCCUAUGAUACUGUUGGAAGAAGACCUUGCUUAACAGUUAUGCAUGGGAAAAGUACUGCUGUGCUAGAAAUGGACUAUUCGAUUGUCGACUUUUUGACUCUUUGUGAAACACCAUACCCCAAUGAUUUUCAAGAACCAUAUGCUGUUGUUGUUCUCCUAGAAAAGGAUUUAGUACUUAUAGACCUUGCACAAAAUGGAUAUCCUAUAUUUGAAAAUCCCUACCCUUUGACUAUACACGAAUCUCCUGUUACAUGUUGUGAAUAUUUUGCUGAUUGUCCUGUGGACCUUAUUCCUGCACUUUAUUCUGUUGGAGCUAGACAGAAGCGUCAAGGUUAUAGCAAAAAGGAAUGGCCCAUCAAUGGAGGUAAUUGGGGUUUGGGUGCUCAAAGUUACCCAGAAAUAAUUAUCACAGGGCAUGCUGAUGGGUCAGUUAAGUUCUGGGAUGCUUCUGCAAUAACUCUACAAGUAUUAUAUAAACUAAAGACAUCUAAAGUAUUUGAGAAGUCAAGAAAUAAAGAUGACAGGCCCAACACAGACAUUGUGGAUGAGGAUCCGUAUGCCAUUCAGAUCAUCUCCUGGUGUCCCGAGAGUAGGAUGCUGUGUAUAGCCGGGGUUUCCGCUCAUGUCAUCAUUUACAAGUUUAGCAAACAGGAAGUGAUCACAGAAGUCAUUCCGAUGCUUGAGGUUCGAUUGUUAUAUGAAAUCAAUGAUGUGGAGACCCCCGAGAGUGAGCAGGCACCGCCUCUGCCAACUCCGGUCAGUGGUUCCAACCCUCAGCCCCCGCCUCCUCAGUCUCACCCGUCUACCAGUAGCAGUUCAUCUGACGGGCAUCGCGACAACGUCCCUUGUCUAAGAGUCAGAAGUUCACCACUUAAACAGUCUCCGGGUUAUCAGACAGAACUAGUGAUUCAGUUGGUGUGGGUGAGUGGAGAGCCACCACAGCAGAUCACCAGCCUGGCCGUCAAUUCUUCCUAUGGGCUGGUAGUUUUUGGCAACUGUAACGGCAUCGCUCUCGUGGACUACCUCCAGAAAGCUGUGCUGCUCAAUCUGGGCACUAUCGAGUUAUAUGGCUCCAAUGAUCCGUAUCGGAGAGAACCUCGGUCCCCUCGGAAAUCUCGACAGCCUUCUGGAGCAGGUCUGUGUGAUAUCAGUGAAGGGGCUGUAGUCCCAGAGGAUCGCUGCAAAUCUCCAACUUCUGCAAAGAUGUCAAGGAAGUUAAGCUUGCCUACUGACCUAAAGCCUGAUUUAGAUGUAAAAGAUAAUUCUUUCAGUCGCUCUCGAAGUUCGAGUGUAACCAGCAUUGAUAAAGAAUCCCGAGAAGCCAUCUCUGCUCUUCAUUUCUGUGAAACCUUCACUCGAAAGGCAGAUACGUCUCCUUCCCCCUGCUUAUGGGUGGGAACCACACUGGGGACCGUGCUCGUCAUUGCACUGAACCUCCCGCCCGGGGGAGAGCAGAGACUUCUGCAGCCAGUAAUUGUGUCUCCAAGUGGUACUAUAUUGAGGUUAAAAGGGGCGAUCCUGAGAAUGGCCUUCCUGGAUACCACCGGCUGCUUGGUGCCGCCCGCAUACGAACCCUGGAGAGAGCCCAACGUUGCUGAAGAAAAAGAUGAAAAGGAGAAAUUGAAGAAACGCCGGCCUGUCUCCGUGUCCCCCUCUUCUUCUCAGGAAAUUAGCGAAAACCAGUAUGCAGUGAUAUGUUCCGAAAAGCAAGCAAAAGUAAUCUCACUGCCAACCCAGAACUGUGCUUAUAAGCAGAACAUUACGGAAACCUCAUUUGUGCUCCGCGGAGAUAUUGUCGCUUUGAGUAACAGUAUCUGCCUUGCUUGUUUUUGUGCCAAUGGACAUAUUAUGACUUUUAGUUUGCCAAGUCUAAGGCCUCUCCUGGAUGUAUAUUACUUGCCACUUACCAACAUGCGGAUAGCCAGAACGUUCUGCUUCACCAACAAUGGGCAAGCGUUGUACCUUGUUUCACCCACAGAAAUCCAGAGACUCACUUAUAGUCAAGAAACCUGUGAAAAUCUUCAGGAAAUGUUGGGUGAACUCUUCACUCCUGUCGAAAACCCUGAGGCACCAAACAGGGGGUUCUUCAAAGGCCUGUUUGGAGGUGGCGCACAAUCUCUUGAUAGAGAAGAACUAUUCGGCGAGUCGGCAUCGGGCAAGGCGUCGCGGAGCCUCGCGCAGCACAUCCCCGGGCCUGGCGGCAUCGAAGGCGUGAAGGGGGCCGCCUCCGGGGUCGUGGGCGAGCUGGCCCGGGCCCGGCUGGCCCUGGACGAGAGGGGCCAGAAGCUGAGUGACCUGGAGGAAAGGACCGCGGCCAUGCUGUCCAGCGCGGACUCCUUCUCGAAGCACGCGCACGAGAUGAUGUUGAAAUACAAGGAUAAGAAGUGGUACCAGUUCUGACCACCGGAAGUCCAACGAAGUUCCGCUUCAGUCCGAGGGGAAAACAUGUGUUCCCUUGUUGAUCUCAAUUUAGGAAAGUUCACAUUAAACGAUGUUCCCCACUGGAUACUGUUCUUUCCUAGCACAACCAUGCACUGUUUUACCUCAGUCAUGUGGCUUUCACUGAGGGGUGUUCACACAUGCAAACUGGAGAGUCUGUGGCGUGUACCUGCUCUGAGGUGACAAUUUAGGAACUACAGCAGGUUACACGUUCCAGAAGAAGCACCCACGGGUGAUGUGGAGGAGACGUGGCAGGGACUAUUCCUGGAUCAUUCCUGUAUUAAGCUUUCAUAUGCCAAAAGAUUCUGUGCUGUUGUAUCUGCCGUCAGUGUUUGACCUCUUUGAGGGAGCGGCAAUAAGUCUGCAGUCCCGAAGCUGAAAUAGUCAUGUUUGUGUCUUGGGCUCUCCCUCCCUUCAACUGACUGGUCAUCAAGUAUCAUUAGUGAAAAAAAGAAACAAACUGAUUGUUACCAUACCUUUAGAUAGAUUAAGCUGAAUGGUGGGCUUUAAAUUAUAAAAACAUACACACCGUUGAUUUGUGUAUGGGCUACUCUUGGAUUCUUGUUGUUGUAUACUUGUGUUUAGUCCAUAUUUUGUCAAAAGCAAAAUCAAGGCGAAACAUCACUUUUCAUUGCGAAGAAAAGUAUAGAACAUGACUGAACUGCUCUUCAUUCUGGGAGUUUCCAUGUAGUGGCGAUAUGGUGUGGAAAGUGGAAAGAGAAAACAAAAAAACCCUCCAUUGUGGUGAGGAGAUUUCUUCCGUGUCCCUGUCCUUCUCAUUAAUUCAGCUAAUGGUGGAUUUGACCAAAAAAGUUGCUGGUUAAAUUUGUAGAAAUGUGGAAAUUGGCUGUUUUUAAUUUUGCUUGAAUUUUUAUAAAAUGUUUAACCAAUUGUACCUUUGCAUUAUUUAAUUAAAGUUGCUAAAAAAUCGUUUCAUUAUUUCAGUAAAAUGCUCAGCUCCCUUUUUAAAAUGUCCUUUAUUCGCUAACAGCUCCCGUACACUCAGGUGAUGAGCCAAUUAAAUCUUAGUGUACGGGCUGUCGCAUGGCAAAUGACAAGCAUCUGUUGUCAGUCAUUAUCUAUUUACGAGUCUAGUUGAUGACCUACACAAUAUUUUCUGUAGAAAUAUACUGCACAUGUCCUUUCAAGGUGUUUUUCAAAGCCAAAAGGAAAGGAAACAAGUGCAUUUUUUUUUGGUAACUAAAUUAUUUCUAUAUCGGAAUAUAAUGCGUAUGAGACCAUCAGUGAAGAAUGAACAAUUGAUUCCUAGAAUAGUAUUGCAGAAAGAAGCGAUCCGUGGGUAUAAGUACGGAAGGAACCAAUCUCCUAAUGCAGGAUCCUCUGAAAUUAUUGAUCUUAAAGCAACAAAAGAAGAGCAAAAGAGAAGCAUUACAAUUACCAUUAAUGGAAUUGAAAUAUUUUCUUCUGUUGAAACGGAAAAAGUUUUAUUUUUCAUUAAGGGAUCAUCUGCACAAAGUGAUGGCAGGAUGGUUGUUUUUCUACCCCAUUAGCAGCGUCUACAGGACACCUCCUCAUGCAUCCACCUUUUCCUCUUUUUGUUAAUAACGCUUUGUGUUUACAUUUUAUGAUGUGCACUACAGAACAUGAAAGUUUACAUUCCAAUUGCUUUAAAUAUCAAUGGGUAGGGGUUACACGUAUGUGAUAUAGAUAUAAUUGGUUAAGCCAAAAGAAAUAUUUUUUAAAUAAGGAUUAAUUUCAAAAGUUUCUGAAUUUGACAACCAUUUUGAAUGGCAUUUUUCUGUUUAGUUGAUAUCAGCUAUGUGAUGAACAUUCAGCAGUUUACAAGUUGCUUAGUUUGUAUUGCGUAUUAUCUAAUAAAUCUAUUGUUUAUGAUAUGUCACAGAAAGUAUUAGGUCUUUUUAAAAGAUACAGUUUUGUGAAUGUUGUCAAUAAUUUCAGCAGUUAGAGUUUUGAAGUUGAGAAGUACUUAGUAACGUAAUAUACUGGUUGAUUACCCAUUCAUGUGGAAGGACAUAUUAACUCCAGUUAUUUAAUUUACUGUUACUUUAUGUUAAUUGUAUAUUGACUUCAUUUUUACUGUUGUAUAUAAAAUAAACUAACCUUGUAAUUAUUUUCAAAUAGAGAAGCAGAUACAUUUAACAGAGAUGGAUUUUAUAAGAAAGUCUUAAAUCAAUAUUUUGAGUUUAUUUUAUUUCAUUUUUAAAUUAAUCUACAAAGUAUGCACAAACUAGGAAUUCACAUAGAACUAGAAAGCUUGAAGUAUUUUUAAGAAUAGGAACUAAGCUUCCAGAAUAAUACUUGAUUCAGUCCGUAGAUAAGAGACGGUCUGCAGUAAUAUCUAACCCAGGGAGUUUACUGUCAUUUGAGAGAUCGAAUUUCUAUUUUUUUUCUUUUUAAACACAAAAAAUUAAUAGUCACCAGCAAACCAGAUUUCAGGAAAAAGAAACAAAAAAAUGUCAAAAAUAGAAAUACUAGAAAAUGAAAGAUUUUAUUUUGCUUGCUCCAUAUCCUCACUUGUUUUGUUUGUCACAUGUGUCGUUAGCACUAAAAUUGGUUAGCAGUUUGUCAGUGGGAAAUGAUUUCCCUGUAUAUGGCACAUAAUCCAGUUUUUUUCUCUUAAAACUAAAAUCCGUUGUAUUUGAUUAGAAAGUUAUUUGAAUUCAUCUAUUCUGACAAAUUCUGUACAUUAUACUUAUUAGAAGUUUUGCAUUAUCUUAAUCCCCUCGGUUUGCAUUUCACUUAUACAUUGUGUCUCAAAGAAGUUAGAGUGUAACUGAGCUAUUACUAACUUUUGGGGUUUUUGUAGAUGUGAAAAAAAAAAUGCUGCUACUUGUCUAUGUUGUUACAUGUAGUGUAUUGCAAUUAAGUAUAGUAUUUUAAAGUUAAAGAUUUAAGCAUUUCUUUUGCUUAGAACUUCUUAAUUAUAGGUUUCUCUGAAGUUAUUUCAUGUAGAUAGAUGAGUGAUUUAGACAAGUCUGAAAGUGUUACUUACUUUUUAGAUUAUAGGGGUUGGUGACACAGUUGAGGAGUGGAUAAAUACACGUAAGGCCACCAUGGUGUUCCAAGUUUUGCCCUGAGUUCUAUAUUCAGUAUAUGUUUGCUUAAGGCAUUCCUCAUGUGACAUUAGAAAAGCUAUUAUCCAAAGGUAAAUUUUUUGUGGCAAAUGUUUAUUUUACAUCUUUUGGGAUUUUGUUUAUUUGUUUUUGCAAAAUAAAGAGCACUGAACUUUAAACUUGAAUUUUUUCUGCACUUUUUUAGGGAAAGAAAACUUUUUAUUGUCAUUUAAUCCACACUUUCAGUUUGAAUCAAGUGAUACAUAUGUAUAAAACAUACCAAAACCAUGAAUAUGCUGCUAGCUGUACCUUAAACAAUUAAACUGAUCAUAAGUUUAAAAAACCUUUAAUAGGGUUUUAUAUCGUUUUCAAGGAUUCAAAAACAAUAGUAAGCUUAUUUGCUCUGUGUUUCAGUGUUCUAGGUCUUGAAUCAUUGCAACACUUUCAGAUUUGUUUUACGAUCAUACAGUAACAUGUUAUAUUUAUACAUACUGCUAGAGAAGAUACUUUUAGUUUUAAAAUGGAAUUUUUAUAAAUGUAUUAUUUAAUUUUAAAAAUGGUGAACUUGUUAAGUUUAAGUCGAAGUACUUAAAAAGUAUGUAUAUUAUCCAUACAAAAAGUUAUGUUCUACGCUUAUAAUAAGAAAUACUGGUAUCUCAUAUCGAGAUACAUUUAAUUAAAAAAUAUCACACAUCAUCCAAAAGUCUUCACAUGUGACAGGAGGUUAUCAUUCCUAUGGUUUUCAAGAACCCUUUAUUGAGCAUUUUCAAAUACUAAUUUAAUUUGGGGACAUGCCCACAACCCUCAUUACAGGAGCUUUCUCAGUAGCCGCAGCUCGCUGUUGGAUGCCUACCUUAACUAUUGUUUUAAAAUAUACAUAUAUAUAUUUAAAAUAGUUUUCCAGGUAUUUUCUUCUACGUUUUUUAAAAAUAAAUUUCCAAAAAUAAAAACAGAGUUUAUGUAUUUUUGUCAACGAAGGUUUUUAUUUUGUAGUUUAUAGAAUUUGUUCCUUCUCAGUUUGAUACUUGAUCAAUAUUCCUAGACUUUUUAAUCUGUAUUUGCUUUGGAAAACAGCCGUCCUCUCUCCUAAGUGUCCUCCCUCUUUUCUUUUUUUUCCUUGCCAGGGUGUUUGUUCUCUUGGAAUGAAAUUUAUGCCCAUAGAUUAUUUCAUUUCCUUUGAAAUUGUGGAGAUACUGUUUACAGCUCUCAUUAAGUGCAGUUUUCAUCACUCCGCUCAAUUUCUUAUAAAGUGCUUUGCAGAUUUAAUGAUCUCUAAUCCUGCCACAGAAGUUUUCAAGGCUCUGUGGAGAGAAAAUAGCUGUUGCACCAGCAACAAGAUUUCGAGGAAAAACCAGCUUAGCUUUCUCUGCAUAAUUAAUUGGUUUUAAUAAGUUCCCAAUUGCCAGGAUUAUACUGUUGCUUUUUUUUUUUUCACUCACCAUCUUAGUUUCAAAUCAUUUGGCAGAAUUAAUUUACAAAUUGAGUACAGUAGUCCGGGGCUACAAGUAAGUGCUCUUUUUAUUUUCCUCUUUAUGUCAGAAAAAAAUCAUGUCCAUUUUGCCAGUAGUUUUGAAUGAGGCUCUUAAUUUAAAUAAUUCAUAACAUAUGAGAUGUAAAUAAACCAGUAUUAAUUUAUGGUGGGUUGUUUGACUCAGGCAUUUCAAUGGAUAUAGGCUAAUGACAAUGGAAUCCUAUUUAGGAGUUUCAUUUUAUACUUUGACAGCGGGUUUAGUUUUUAAACUUUGCUUCAGCUUAAGGCAAUGUAAGGCAUUGAAAACAUUCAACAUAUCAAUAGCAAUGCAAAGAGGGUAAAUCAUGUUUUAAUGUUUUUUCAUUAUUUUUUUUGUAAAUAUAUGGUACUGUGAUAAUUUAGGUGUGACCUCUGCUUAACAUGGUAGUUAGAAUCAGAAAAACAUUUUGCUUUCUAAUUAUACGAUUGGUUCAUUGUAAAUGCAUCACCGGAUACAAUAUGAAAAAGCAAGAUUAAGUUUUUCUACCAUUGUCCACUUCAGGGCAAGCAUGCUUGGUAUAGCGAUCUAGCUUGUGUAUACCUUGAACUGUAGAUGUAGGUAGUUUUCAGUUGCUGCACUUUAGUUUUUUAAAGACUUGCUCAGUCCAGUAACUAUCUCAAUGGUAAUUGCUGGAAUAUGCAUUUUAAAUAUGGUUUAAAGAAACAUUUCUGUGUACUGUUUCAUUUAAAACAAAAAACGAAAAAAAAAAGCACUAUUGCAAACACAAGAUGUGUUGAACUUUGUAGCUAUUUUGCAUUCCUGUACUUUACAAACUGUCAUCAGAGCAAAAGGUUUAAAAUUAAGUAAUGAAAUAUUUUUGUAAAUAAAUACCUCUAAGCUGGUAUUUUCAAAAUGUAUUCUAAAUUAAUGUUUCUGGAAAAAAUGUUCAUAUAUAUGUAUAUGAAUGUCUCUUUAUGCUGAAGGGCUCUGAUUGGGCAAAAUAAAAUACUCUAAUCUCUCCUGAAACUAAACAAGCCCUUUUUUCUGGAAAAUUUGUUUUUUUUAACUUUUCCUCAAAAUUGUGAAAUUCACCCAUUAACUUAACUUAAGAAAAUAGUAGACCAACUUUAUUUCUUCCAUUUGCAAAGGGAAAGUUGAUUUCAAUUUCAUCAGGUAAUUCAAGUGUAAAACAGAUGGUGUAUAUCCAAGCAGGUCUUUUAGAUAAGAGGUUAUGACAUCAUAUUUGGGCUUAUGAUAGAAAGUGUCGAGGUACUGAGCAUUCAUGGUAGUCAGUCUUCCACCAUUUCUGCGUUUGAAUGUCCCUGGGCAUUUCUAACAGCUUCCAGAUAAAAUAGGAUCUUGGUUUAGGAGGUACAUUGAGCGAUCAGGAUGUAGUUAAUUUUUAUAUAUUAUAUAACCUUUUGCUAGUGAAUAUUGUAUAGGUAUCCAACUACUUGUACCAAAAAUGAUCAUCACGUUGAUGUAUCUAAAAUAACAUACAAUAGACCAAACAGCAAGUUCAUUUUUUAUUGUUUCCAUUGUGUUUCAGAAUAAAGACUGGGAGUGGGAA